AUUGAGAGCAGAUAUAUUAGUGUUAAAAGUAUUUAAUGUGGAGAAGGAGUUACCCCCAGAUCAUAGCCAAGAGAAAAUAGAAGAGAAUAUUAAUGAAUUAAAAAAUUUGCUAAAGCAUCCUGCAUCAGAGGCAGACACAAAUCUUUAUGGGGCACUCAAACAAACUUUUGAGAACAUUGAUCUUUCAAGUCUUAUGUGGGAGGAUCCUGAAGCAAGUAUGGUCCUUAGUGAUAAUUCAGACAUUGUGAAAAAUUUGGAGUGUAGGCAAAAGAGUACUUUUUUAGGACCUUGGGAAAAUAUGAAAUGCAUUAUACCAGGUUCAGUUAAAGAAACUGAGAGUGAGCUGAUAAAAAUAACUGAUUGCAUUCUUGGUACACUUUAUGAGAUAUGGAACAACCCUGCAUUUACAACCAGUGCAUCUCGCAGUGAGCAGAGUGAGGGAACAUAUAUAACAGACAUUAUAAUUCCUUUGCUUCAAUCAAGAAUGGAUAAGAAACAUAUUGGGAAAAAACCUGAUAUUAUGGGGUUGCUGAAACAAAACAAAAAAAAUAUAGAGUUGAUGUAUGCUGAGUCCUCACACAUCAUCUGCAGUAAUUCGAAAAAAGCUGAUGAUGAAGUGAAAUUAUGGAGAGAAACAUUAGAUGGGGCAAGUUUUAUAGGUUUAUCAUGCAGACCAGCUAGUAAUCAAUUUGGAGUUGUAGGGAUUCAAGUUUCCGGUACAGUCAUGCAACUAAAUAUUCUUGUAAAGGAUCUGGCUGGCAUACCAUGA